GAGAUAUCUUCCGUAAUGGCGGCUUCAUCGUUGAUUCAAAGUAUUAUCACUCUUAUUAUUUAAUGAUAAUUUCUCAUCGUAUAGUAUCAUAUAUGCAAGAUGGCGGAACAGAACCAACAAGAUUUUAAUAGAAGUGCGUUGACAGUUCGAUAUGGACGGGCUUGGUACACAGGACAACGGGCAGAAAAGAUACCUGGAGGAUUAGUGGGUGUCGUUGGCGAUAAUUGUACAAGUUUAGAUCUGUCUUAUAAUGAACUAACCUCCAUCACUGCUGUCAAAUUCUUCGAAAACCUACAGGAACUGAUACUCGAUAAUAAUAAACUUCGGGAUUUAAAGACAUUACCUCGUAUACUAAAUUUGACUACUCUCAGUUUAAACAAUAACAAGAUAACAGAUAUAGACAAUGCAUUGAGGAAAAUACAAGAAUGUUGUCCAAAAGUAAUGUACGUGAGUUUACUGGGUAAUCCAGGAUGUCCCGAUCAAUUAACAAAUCCAACGUCAACCGAUGACGAGGAUUAUAAUCGUUAUAGACUCUAUGCUAUAUAUGCAUUACCUUCGACACUUCGAUUUUUGGAUUCACGUCCAGUGACAAUACAGGAACGAAAAGAUGCCGAAAGACGAGGAAAAUACUCGAGAACUAUUAAAAUGAUUCCAGAUUUAUCACAGAAAUUCGUUUCAAAUACAAUCGAAGAUUUCGAUGAUAUAUUUUUCAAUAUCCAUUAUACUCCUUUGCCAAGAUCAAUCCGUAAUCCCCUUGAUCACAAAGGAGCAUUUGGAAAAUGUAAAUAUCGAUAUUCUGGAAAGAAUUCAGAAGGAAACCGGUUCAUAUCUAAUAAUGAUCUUUGAAUGUAAAUUGAGUAAGUCAAGAUAUUUUUGUAUAUAAGUUGCGAUUUUGUUUUUUUUUUAUAAAUGACAAAAAAAAACAGUGAUUAGACUCGUAGAACUGACAAUGAAUGAAACGAUGCACAAUCAAAUUUUCUUGAUAUUUUCUUUUUCUCUUUUUUAACCAAAAAUCUCAUCUACGUGCCUGUUUGUUUGUUCAAUAUUUAUCUAAUAGAUGUUAAUUUUUUAUACAUAUAUACAUCGAAUAAAAUAUAAUUCAUUAUGAGUAAA